AUGGCUUGUUCGUUGCGAGCAUGCUGGGAGCAAACUAUAUCUGGAGGAAACCCGCAGGAUGCGCGGCUAAAUACGACUGGCGCUCGGAUAGUGUGUGGAAUGAGCAGAGUGGCUGAUACCACCCAACGAGGUGGACCCCACUCUAGGAGCGUAGUUCCGCUUUCGGCUGGACAAAGGGCCUCCCAACUGCCCUCUUUAGGGCAAUCUCCCCUACGUGGUGUUACUAAUCCAAAGGAGCGAAACGCUCAAGGAGCAACGGUAACAUCACGCAGGAGCAGCCUUUGGUUCACCAAUGAGCUGAAUAAACUUGCGGACCUGGUCAAUAGACACAGAGACGCAAGUGGCCGUAUCCAAUGGCGAAACCUAGGCCCUGCCUGGGAAAGUCUGCGGAACGAGAAUGACCCCCAAAGGACCAUUGCGGCCCUGAAGGGAGCAUAUGCUAAACUCGCUUGGGGUACCGGGCGAACAACUAAUGAAAAUGCGAUAAGAGCUCAAAGAGCUGAAAUGGCGAAGCCAAGUGAGAAUGCCGGAAGGCAAUUUGAACAAAAUGGUCAUAAUGGCCUAAUGCAGGAAGGCACGGAAGAUGCUAGAGAAGAGCGAAUGCUCGGACCUAGCAGGUCUUCUGCACAAGAACCUCGCGAAAGAGCGGUUCCAAAAAUAUUACCGUAUAGCGAUCUCAACUCAAGAUCGGCAGCCGAUAAGAAGACCAAAGGGCGAAAUUCCAAAGGUCUUGCUCGGCGAAUCGAAGCUAACAUCUCUAAUGCCGCGGUGUACGCGAUAGCGCGUGUUAUCAGCGCCAAGGCAGUAGAAGAAGCUAGUAAAAGGCUAGGGCCAGAAAGAAAACGCUUCAAUGAAGCGACUCAGCUCCGAAGCACUCUUAUCCGCUUCAUAUCCGCAUUGGCGGGAGAGCUAAGGGGAAGACGUAUAGAGGCUCCGAGUGAGACUCCGCGAUCAGUUAAACGUCGUACAGCAAGACAUCAAGAAGAUGGAAGAUGCCAAGAGGCGCUCCCAACAAGAGAGCCCCGUGAUCAAGGGGGAAACGUACCGGUGAGUCAAGUACGUGAGUACGGGGCUCCUAUUGUGGGCAAGGUUCAACCAUUCCUAGAAACAGUGGAACUCGCGACAUGGUCGCGAACCCACAGGCGAACCGCAAAUACCCAUGUGGACGUAGACCUCUCAGAAGAUGACUGGAGAACGUUGUUCUCGAAGGAGCGUCUUAAAGAGUGGUGCAUGAAAGCACUGCACAUUUGCAGGGAAGCGAUACCGCGAUGGCUCUGCAGAGGCAAAGUGGUACUAAUUCCAAAAGGAAAAUCAGCGGUUCCAGGGCCCGGAGAUUUUCGGCCAAUAGCAUGUUUCAAUACAUGCUAUAAGGUACUAACAGCCAUGAUUGCAAACCGAAUUGCUGCAUGCACGCAAGUCCGAUUUCCGAAGGAACAGGUCGCUUUGCGGCGUGGCAGAACGAAAGUCAGAGGUUCGAAGGCGAUUAGAUACCGCCCUAGUUCUGACCGUAAACUAUGCCAUCUAGCGAUCCGAUGGGGUAUUGUUGCCUUGUCGAGGAGCUUCCCGGAAACGAAAGUCUUUCGGUUCCUGGGGUAG